UCGUGCUGCCAUGGCUUGCAGAGCAUUACAAACCAUCAUGUGUGUAACCAUGAGGGACACAAUCCUUCCGGCUCUGUUUCGACAGCCUAUUAAAACAUCAGAUGUUGGAAAAGGGGACUGACUCAAGGUUUUUGCAUAUUGAAGCAUGGACUUGCACCAUGUCCUAUCAUUUGUCCGAUGGGAGGCGUGGUAUAGAGAGGAGUUGUCUUAAAAGCCUCAUCAGCACAUGGGUGCUUCAUCAUUGGAAGCCAUGGAGGAGGACCUAAACUCUGUGGCUGUGUGUCCGCUAAAGCGCAGAAUACGGCAGAAAAGAGGAGUUCGUGAGAUUAUCAAGACCAAGCUACAGCAAAACCUCUCCUGCUCGGGACCUAAAAUAAAGAGCACUCUAACAGGAUUUUUCCCUGUGGUUAAAUGGCUUCCGAAGUACAAGGUAAAGGAGUACAUCUGGGGAGAUGUGAUGUCUGGGCUCAUAAUUGGCAUCAUAUUGAUCCCUCAAGCCAUUGCAUACUGCCUUCUGGCCGGCUUGGAUCCUAUCUAUGGCUUGUACACGUCGUUUUUUUCCAACAUCAUAUACUUUUUUAUGGGAACAUCAAGACAUGUUUCUGUGGGGAUCUUCAGCCUCAUGAGUCUAAUGGUUGGACAAGUUGUGGACCGUGAGGUUUACCUUGCAGGCUUUGAUUUAAACGAAGACAGUACAAAAAAUGCAUUUGGGUUUAAUGACACUGGGGAAACCAACAUCACUGCUGUCAGCUUGAAGAUCAUGUCGCUGAAUAUGGAAUGUGGAAAGGAAUGCUACGCCAUUAGCAUCGCUACAGCUUUAACAUUUCUUGCUGGAGUCUACCAGGUGCUGAUGGCUUUUCUUAGGCUUGGGUUUGUCUCUGUUUAUCUCUCUUCACCUAUGCUUGAUGGCUUUGCCACCGGGGCAUCUUGCACUAUUCUCACCGUCCAGGCUAAAUACCUGCUUGGUCUUAAGAUCCCUCGACACCAAGGCUACGGCACUGUGGUGGUCACUUGGAUCAACAUCUUCAAGAACAUCCACAAAACCAACUUCUGUGACUUGAUAACAAGUUCCAUUUGCAUCAUAGUACUGCUUGCAGGAAAAGAGAUCCAGGAUCGCUACAAAAAGAUUUUAAAGAUACCACUGCCUACAGAAUUGGUGGUAGUAGCAGUUGCCACAAUAGUUUCCCACUUUGCUGAUCUAAAUGGUCAGUUUAGUUCCAGUAUCUCAGGUGCCAUUCCAACUGGUUUCAUUCCUCCAAAAAUGCCAAGCAUUGAACUUAUGCCAAGGAUAGCAUGGGAUGCCAUUCCAUUGGCGGUCAUUAGUUUUGCAUUUACGGUUUCUCUAUCAGAGAUGUUUGCUAAAAAGCAUGGCUACACGGUUAGACCCAAUCAAGAAAUGAUAGCGAUUGGGUUCUGCAACAUAAUCCCUUCAUUUUUUCAUUCGUUCACAACAAGUGCCGCUCUUGCAAAAACCAUGGUGAAGGACUCGGCAGGUUGCCAGACUCAGGUCUCCAGCAUAGUGAGUGCCUUAGUGGUUCUUCUGGUCCUCCUCUUCUUUGCACCAUUUUUCUACGCCCUGCAGAAGUGUGUACUCGCCUGCAUCAUUAUCGUCAGUCUAAAAGGUGCACUACGCAAAUUUAGAGACGUCCCCAAGCAGUGGCGUGAGAGCAAGAUUGAGGCAAUUGUCUGGCUAGUUACAAUGAGCUCAACUGCUUUAAUUAGCGUGGAGCUAGGGUUGGUAAUCGGGGUGAUUUUCUCAAUGAUCUGUGUUGUGGUCCAGACUCAGAAUCCGAAAGUUUCAUUAUUGGGGCAAAUUGAGCAAACUAAUGACUACGAGGACAUGGAAGAGUAUGACAAUCUUUCCCCUGUUCCAAACGUGAAGAUCUUUCGUUUCCAGGCCCCUCUUUUUUAUGCCAACAAAGACUUCUUUUUGAAAUCGUUAUACAAGGCAACCAAACUUGAGCCAUUCCUUGAACUUACUCGCAGAAGAAAGCUGGAGAAAAAAGCCAGGGCUAAGGCUGAGAAGAAGACUGAUGGAGUAGAUCAAACAAAUGGAGAUGUCGGCAUUUGUUUGAUUUCUAAAGAUGUGGGUUUUCAUACAAUCAUCUUGGAUUGCUCGUGCAUCUCCAUGAUAGACACGACAGCAGUGAGCACCUUCAAAACCAUUUUUAAAGACUACAAAGAAGUUGGUGUGAAUGUAAUUCUAGCUUGCUGUAACACCACAGUCAUUGAUUCUUUAAGAAAAGGCUUUUUCUUUGGGGCUGGUGACAAAAACAUGGAAAGACUGCUAUUUCAUACCAUCCACAGUGCUGUUUGUUUUGCUACUAGUUUGACACAACCGGUUAAUGACUCUUCUGUGUAAUGUGUCCACAUUCAAGAGCUGAAAAGCAUAUUUUCUGUUUAAACAUGACAUUUCUGGAAAACAAUCUCAUCUUAAACGAGUUUAUGAGAUCAUGAUUUAAUGGCUUAUAAAGCCCACUUCUGUUUGAGUCAAAAUUGAUAUCAAAAUCAAAAAAUUUGAUGCCACUGUAUAAACUCAGGGGUUUUUAUUAUUAUUAUUAUUAUAAUUAUUAUUAUUAUACACACUGGAAAACAAUACUGUUCAUUUUCUUCGAUUGACCAAGGAUUACAAGAAAAUUAAACAAAACUGUUUUAUGAUGUAACAAUGACAAUCUAAUCCCUUAAUUUAUUUGAUAUUUAAUACUAAUUGCAUUUAAAUUAUUUGUAAUUUAUAAAUUAAUUUGCGCAAAACCUGCCACUAACUGCCAAAACAUUUUUUUUUAAUUAACACAGGGCCAUGAGAAUGCAGUAUAGAUCUGUGACUGUACAUUCCCUAUACUGUCUUUUUAAAAUGUGAACAUGUUUUUAUGUUCUUCUUUGGAAAAUAAAAGAUUCAU